AUGCAGGUUCGAGAUGUCAGACGGGCCAACGUCCUGUCGGCAGCGAUCGCCGAGCACUACAACCGCACCGACCGCCACGCCCUCGACCAACACGACCACCUUCCCCACUUGCGGAUUGUGCGGAUUCGGGACGAGCCGCAGUCGCUCAGAACAAAUAUCUGGGACGGGAAUUGCUGGCGCUGUGACUCCACAGGUCGCGGCAUCAAGCAGCAGCACAUGCUCGGCGAAGCGCUUGGAGACAUCUACGGAGAACUUCUAGAAAUCUCGCCCUCAAUUUUGUAUGUGCGGAGCGUGGACAGCGAGGCGAUUUUGCGUGGUGUUACGGGCAUGAUUCGCGGCCUCAUGACCAACGCAAUCAACGCGGGGGCGGUGCAGAUAGAGACGGGAAUGGGGCGAGAGGAGGACAUGCUUCUGCCAAGGCUGUCGGCGUGCCCCCGCAAGGAAACGGCGAGUUUGUUUGCCGGACCCCUGCUGGCGCUUCUGCUGAAUAACUUAGGGAGAUUUACGGGAGAAGAGGAGGCCAGUUCCGACCAAAUCCCGACAAGAAAAAAGGGAUCUGUACAGGUAUACUCCGGGGAGGUAGAUACCGUGGGAGGCAUUUUGGCGGCCCUGAACGUGACGGAGUGGGCGUGGCCCCCAUACGCCAGCAACAUUGUGCUGGAGCUGUGGCGAAGGACUGAAGCUGAGGCGCUCCCGAGGGUGGAGGGGGGACAGAUUGGGGCGGAGAAGUUCGUGAGGAUGCUCUACAACGGCAGAGUGGUGAAGCCCAGCUUUUGUCAGCGGGAGGAGUGCCCGCUGCGAACUUACAGAAGUCACAUCAUGCAGUUCUUGGUGCCGGAGGACCUUGAGGAAGGAACGAUUGGCCAUCGGUGAUCGGUCCUGUGGGAACAAUGCUCCGUCCUCUCGAGGACGCGUGGUGAAUGGUCUAACCGCUAAGGCAUGCAAAACAUUAAGAGUACG